UCUUAUUCGAUAUAUACGUACGUUGGAUAUGUAUGUAUACCUGACUUUAGUCCGAAGUACAUUGCAUGUAUAAUGCAUCCAUAUACGUUACGUCAUCGCGUUGUGAGUGAUUGAAGUUAAUUUUUAUGAACUCUAUAAUUGUAGUACACCGUCCCGAAACUCGAUUCCGUAUCUCGUGUCUUCCCAUCGGUCGCAUUUAAGAUAGGAUAACGAGUACACUCGACCUCGAGGCUCGACGUCUCGACUCAUUCGAUCUCUUUCCUUCCCCUCCCUCCUCGCGCCGCUCUCUAUCCCCUCCGCUCCUCUGCGUCGCUGCCUGUUCUCCAUCUCUCUCCCGCUCCCUCUACCCCGAUCGCGAGAUUGUAAACAAUUCGAACCCUCGCGUGGAGAGGAAGGCUCGUCGGGAGAGUCGGGAAGGAUGCGACUGACGACGUGGGCCGACGGGAGAUACGCGCUCUGCCUGCUGAUCCUGCACAUAAGACUGACGAACUCGCGGACGUCCUGGCGACUGAACGCCGCCGACAGGGUCGUGAAGACGACCGACUUCGUGAGCGCGGUCGAGGACGAUCCGAUCUUCGACAUCCUCGCGGGCAGCGUGGUCACCAGCGGCAACGGCCAGGUCUGGAGCAGGACCGCGACGUCCGAGAAGCACGAGAAGGUGCAGAUUUAUUGUCAGGAGUGCAAGGGUUUCGCCAGCCAGGAGAGACGACUCUCGUCGUACGUGUUGAAGGAGGACACGCAGAACAUCAGCGAGUCCUUCCCACUGUCCUCCUCCUCGCAAGUGUCCUCGAACGAGCAAGCGACGUGCGCCACCGGUCAGCAAUGCGACAACAUAAUAUUGGACUGCGGCAAGCCGGUCAACUUCACUUACUACGACAAUCUGAUCGGCGUGGCUAACAGGAACAAGCAUCCGCUGGUACCGGAGCCCAAUGUGGCGCUUAUGUUCAAGAAGAACGGCGGCAAAACCGUCGACGUCGACAUUGACCUGCUGGAGAAACGCUUGAAAAAAGCGAAGCGAGAGAAACCGAAAUCUGUCCAGCUGUAUAAUCAGAUAGGAAAUUUCUGGCGUAUAAAGGGCGACGCGCAAAGAUCGAUCGAGUGCUUUCGCAGAGCGCUCGCUGUGUCACCACACAAUGCGGAAGUGCUCUUGAAUUUGGCCAGAGUAUUGCUGGUGCAACAUUAUUUAGAUGAUGCAACGUACUUAGCCAGGCGAUCCUUAGAGUUGCAACCACCAGAUCGCAAUGCGUGGGAGCAAUAUCUUACACUCGGACAAAUAUUCAAGGCAUAUGGACAUUUUCAAGAGGCAGCUGUACACCUGCGUCACGCGCUGGAAUUAAAACCGGAUCUCUCCGAUGCUGCCGAUGCAUUAAAAGAGGUCGAGUCACUGCCGCUCGCAAGUAUACACGUGUAUACGUUGCUGAUCAUCGUCGGUUUGGUGCUCGGCGUGCUCUUCGUAGUGCUAACCAGUGUAGAAUGUGACGAGGAUUCGACUCUAGUCAAUGGGCAGCUUCAGCGUCCGGUACAACGACAUUUCAGUCGUGCUAUGGCUAUGCGCAGCUUGCGGCUUAACGUUGCACGCAAUAAACGCUGUUGAUGAUGCUGAGGAUAAUCAUAAUGACUCAUUAUUGACAAAUCGGUCGUUCGUACAUAUGAUAGAAUAAAAUCAUUCUCAUGCCAUAAACGACGAUUAUCUCCCUGCAAAAAGUAUUAUUUAUAACAUGAUUCGCAAUAAUUCUUGGGAUGCAUUAACUGUUUAUUAUAUAUCUCCGGAGAAAAAUAUAUGAGGAAAUAUACAAGAA